AUGGCGGACGCAAGCGUGGACGCAGCAGCCCUCACAAACGGUGGACACGAGAAUCUCCUGGGGACAAUCCUCGCAGACGAUCUUCUACGCGUGUUUCAAGGUGUCGUCGUCGCUUCUCGAAUCAGUGCGGAGGACGUCGAGCCGGUUCGGUUGUGGUUCUUGAACCCCGCCACCGAUUCUGAUACCCCGCAGCGGCAACAAGAAUCGCUCCCCGACACCUCCGAGCAAGGCAGCGCUCGACAGCAACUCUGGACGGAGUGGUGCGCCGAAGCCGACGCGCGGUUCCGCAACGAGCCAGACCUGCGCCAUGUCGCCCUCGUCACCAUCGCGCUCCGCUGGGCAGCCAGCCGAAGCGCCCAGGGCUUCCUGUCCGUUCCCCUAUGCAGCCUCAUCCGCGACGGCAACAUUGACGAGCUAUUCCGUCUCCACGUCUGGCUCCCCGACGGCCACCGGGGCAACGCCGAUUUCGCGCUGCACUCGCACCAGUCGUUUGCCCAAUCGUGGAUCCUCGCCGGCGAGGGUAAAGACACACCCUACGAGGUCGAGCCCGCGGCGACCCUCCAGGACGCGACCCACGCCCGGUACGCGCUCGUCUGGGCGGACGACAAGGAUCAAGCCAAGAGCGACGCCACGUUCAAAACCCACCAGCAGUCGUCGACCGUCAUCAAUACGGGCGACUUGAUGGCGGCGCGGCCGCUGCGUCCCGCAACGCACGCCCGCAACGCGACCUACACCGUCCCGCCCGCCGCCUUCCACACCUCCACCGUCCGACCGGAAACCGUGCACGCCACCCUCUUUUUUCGACUCGUCCCGCGGCUUCGUGCGCGACGCGCCCGUCCUCGGCCCCGCGGACGCCGAGUCCUUCACCCAGAUCCGCGAUCCCGCGGGUACUACCCUGCCGAGCUCGUCGCGCAAGUCGACCUCGUGCGCCGGUGGGAGGUCUUCAUGGCCCGCGGCCGCCGCCACAUGGAGCACGCCGAGUGGGAGCACGCGCUGCGCGAGCUCAACAGCGCCCUGCACCUGUGCCAGGCGGCUCCCGAGCCCGAGAAGAACGGGUUCCCCAACGCGCGGCGGUACGCGUGCGUCGUGCACGGCGAGCUGGGCAACACGUACCGCCGGUUCGGGCGCUACGAGCAGGCCGAGGAGCAUCUGCGCAGCGCCAUGGCGGGGUUGCCCGUGAGCUCGGAAAAAGUCGAGUUUAGCGGCGAGCUGGGCGUGUUGUACCGGCACAUGGGCCGGAUGCGUGACGCGCGGGCUGCUUUUGCGGACCAGUACGAUACGGCCAAGGCGCUGGGCUUCCGGGGCCCCGGGGAUGCGAGCCUGUUGGAUACGGCUAUCCUUAACCUCGAUGAGCGAGUGGAGCGCGCGCGUGAGCUGCAGAUCGACGCCGAGGCCCAGCUGGGCACUGAUGGGUCCGCCGCAUCCACUAAGCGCCAGGCACAUACGUGGGAGAUUAUUGGCCUUACCCGUCUCUCGCUUUGCCACGCCGCGCGCGGAGACACAGAGACCGCGGUGGGCGUGGCCUCGCGCGCGCUGGAGCUGGCCACGUCAUCGAAAGACACUACCGUCGUGGCCAUCACGCGCAUGUUUUACGGCUUCGCCCUGCUAAAGAACGGCAACCGCGACGAAGCCCUCGCCCAGCUACACCGCACUCGACUACGCCGUAUUCGCCGGCGACCCUCCGCCGAAGCCGUCGUGCUCGCGGGCCUCCGCCGCGUCCCCGGCCGCCACGACGACGACGUCGCCAAGCUCCGCGCCGACUCCCUCCUGCGCAAGGGCUACCGCGACGUUUUCCAGGAACAGCUGCGGCCCGUGUUCGAUGCCCUGUUUGACCGGCUCAAGUUUGUGCGGUAUACCGACUUUCUCGCCUUUGGUCGGUUUCCGCGGUCGGAUGACGGGCUCACGCGCACGUUUGCGCCGGGAGAGGAUGAGGGCGCGGAGGGGGAAUUCUUUAACCGCAUGGUGGCUGCUGUGCGGAGCUUGCUGAAGCUUCAUCCGGCGAUUGAUCCGUCGCGGCUUAGCCUUUGGUUGGAUUACGCGUGCAUCGACCAACAGGCUCCAGCCAAGGGCGUGGUCGCCUUGCCCAUGCUUCUCGCCCAGUGCGACGCCGUUAUUAGUCUUGUGAGCGAGGACUACUACACGCGCGCUUGGUGCACAGUCGAAGUCAUGAUGGUGCAGACGCUCAAAGCGUCCUAUCACCUCCACGAGUGGUACGAGCAAGUCCCGGGAGAUUCUGGCGAUGAUGAGGGAUCGGGUUGGAUUCUGCGCCCAGGGCCGAUGGACAUGGUCAUCUCGAUGGCGGAAACAAAGGUUACGUACGAGGAGGAUCGAGCCAAGACCCUCUUCCUUGAAAGGCAGGCUCGACUUCUAGGAGCGCAAUGA